AUUGGUCGUUCCUCCCCCAGAUUCUAUCGUCAGCCACAACAUCAUCAUCGAUACAGGUCGUGUUGCUACUGAAAAUGGACGACUCAAGAGAUCAACAGAGGAGAGGCGCGUCGGAUACACCGGAUCAUGUCUACUCUGGGUUCUUCGUCCUCAACUCAACUGCUUUCCAACUUGAUUCCGCCACAAUCAUCUUUCUACCGUUUGCCACACUUCCACAACUUUCUUACCCGUAUCCCACCAAGAUCCCUUGGAAUAUUCCCCUGAGGUUGAUCAAAUUCCUUGUCACAAAGUUAGGCAAAUCACUGGAGAGUUGACGUCACUUUUUACUGGCUCUACCUAGGUAGUCUCUUCGAAAGAAACACCUCAUCCAUUUGGGACGCGUAGAUUGACCCUGCGCUUCAUAUGCGGGGCUCGAUCGAGUCGCAAAUGUCGUCGAAUCUCUGCUGCCCUGCGCAGUACGGCGCCACAUCGAACGCGCCUCUUUUCAAGUCCACAAAUUCCCCGCAUGUGCGCUAUAUGGACGAAUAUGUCUACGCUUCUAGUAGAAAUCAUGGAGGCGAAUCAAAAAAGCAGUCGUCCCGAUCGGCUGCUCAACUUUCUCAGUUCAGAGGAUUUCGCGCCCACUCUAUGCGUGGUCAGGCCGGAAAGGCGUACACGGACAGGCUUCGACAGCUACCGCGAAAGAACCUAGGAUUUACAGGAAUGUUACGUCGUAUCAAAUACAAGCUCAGCGGCGAUUCCAAAAAAAUCUCCGGUCUCGUUAGGAAAACAUCUCAGGCAUUUCGUGAAAAAUGUCAAGAUUUAGACUUGCGAAAAUACAGCACGGCAUCAAGAGCACCAGCCAGCAUGUCGCAUGAAGGAUCUCUUUACAUGCGCCAAGGUGAAGAAAAGUUCCCCUUCGACGCCGAUGCAAAAUACGUUGGGAUGCAGCAGUCUGACGAAUACAUUGUUCCAUCUCGAUCGUACAACCCAGAAUUGCCUGACAUAUUGUAUGAAGCUGCACCAGUUAAGGUACCUCGCCAUCGGAAGAGUACUAUUCAAUGGAGAAGGCAAGAUGCCCGGCCCACAAAAAGAUCCAGCCAGUCUAGUUCCUUUCAUGGGAAGUUGCCUCAUACCCCUGAUCGCCAGCGCUUUUCGGAAGAGCAACCGGCAAUUCGAACGAUCAUCGUCAAUGGUCGAGUAGCUGAUAUGUCAUUGGGUUAUGUGCGAUAUCAUGAUGAAUUGACGGAAAGCGAACUCAACCAAAUUCGCCCCUUUAUUGAGAAGAAGCAUGAUUCUAACCCAGUCAUCUCGAGUAUGGAAGACGAACACAAUCCGUGGAGACAACGAGGUGCUUCAGAUAGCACGUCUCAUUCCAGGGCUAUGCCUGCGCCGCCCGUUUUACGCCCGCACCAUUUACCGAGCUUGUCAAUGACCGCCGAUCAGAAAGCAUGGCGCCUGUCGGAGGGUUCUCGUACGACAUCGGACAACACAAAGCGUGAUAGUCGUACUUCAAGUGGUCACUACCAUACUCAUUCGAGAACGAAAUCUGAAGGACAGUGCCAGAGAACAAUUCGUGAAGUACAACCACCUGCAGUCUCAAGUCGUCUUUCGAGUAACCACACUUUCAAUGACAACAGCGCUAGAUCUAUUAAUCUCAUCAGACCUGAAACUGACGUUAUGCACCAUGCCAAACGCUCGACCAACGGGGAAACAAGUCAUAUCAGCCAAUCAAUUGAAUCUAAAAAUGAGGAUGCAGAGUCUGCCAGCCAGCAGUCGCUUCACCUGUAUAACAUGCGCAUUUCCCAAAGACUUGCAUCCCAGACAUCCCUUGUCUCCAUGCUUGGUUCACAGGAGAUGCGAAACUGUGGUCCUGCAGGGCCAAAUCGGAGCAACCGUGGCAACAAAAUGUCUAAUGGCGCGCACCAUUACUCUAUGUUGCGGGACUCAGACCCCGAAGGGAAAUCUACCUCCAGCUCUAGGAAAGUUUCCACAACAGCGCCUUCAUCGUUCGCUAUCUGGGACGACCAAUCCAACCCGGCAACAACAAGCUUGGCCACUGGAUAUUUGAAGGAGGACGUAACCCGGAAAGAAAAUGCUUUCACCGAGGGUUUAGAUGUCAACAACAAAGAACGAGCAACAGCUGGGAAGCCGACAGCUCGGAGAAGAGGCAAGGAUCGUAGCACCGACUCGACUAUUUCGGAUGCCGCGCUGCAAUUAUUGGACAAUUUGGACACAAAGCGUCGGCAGCCAAAUCAAAGGUCAUCUAAACGGUCCGAUGGCGGUCUUGUAACAAAAGGAGAUGUUUUUUCCCUUGAUGGGGGUCAUGAUGAAGCUUCUCUUUUAUGGGAACGAGCCUUGUUGGCCCACGCUUCUCGGCAAGAUUCUCAACCAGGUAAACCCAAGCGACUGGGAGCCUCAACUGAUUUCGGAAACAGUUCGAAGACAGCCACAUUGGAAACGAGCAAUCAGGUGAAGCACUAUCCUUACCAUAGAUAUAAUGAACAAGCAGGCAACAGUCAGAUAUCCGACAGGAAUGUUUCUAAAGCACGUCAAUAUUCGGAAUCCAAGGGCGAACAACUUCAGCCACCACGAUACCCGAGCGAGCAAUCUUCCAGGCCUGAUGCAGCUAAUUCCCAUAGUGCUUGGAGUAGAUUCCCUUCUCAUACCAAGCCCGAGCGUUCUGCCACUGCAGGCGCAACUGAUCGUGUCAUGGGUCGCGACUUUGCAGCCCGGCCUUCGUGUGAUAUCUCUGGACUAAGCCCCGAAAAUAGCGAACAUUGCACCCAAAAUCAAGCACACAAAAAGACUCGCAGUAUGACAUUUGGAAAGAACAUCCUCAAAAACUGGGGCAAGCUAUAUAAGACUCGCAGUACUGACCUGAGACGAUCUGAAGCAGGGCAUCGGUCCUCGAUUGCCGUUGGCGGACUUUUGGAGUACCCAGAACUCGAGCUCCUACCACCAUCUUUGCCUACCACCGUCGAAAAUGUAUCUUCCCGAAUCCAAGCUCCCUCCAACGCCAUACAUGAGGAGUCUUCUUCUUUCGAUGGUCAUGCGUCCUCAACCGAUGGAUCGCUCGCGAGACCAGAAAAGGUUGCUCAGGCAAGGCUCAGCGCCGAAGCGUGGGCUGACAUGUAUCAGCGCCAUCUCCCUCGAUUUCCCAGAGGAUCUUCACAGAGCUCCUCUACAAGUGUCAGUUCUGAAGCAAGCUAUAAACAAAAGCUAACUCAAGAGGAAUUGAAUUUCUUAAGUUAUCCUCCCACUCGCUCUAUUGCGACAGAGCAAGGAUCACCGAAAACACCAUGGCAAUUCCAGCAGGAACGACUCGAUGCCUUGCGAAACCUUGAGCGGCAAAGAGCAUUGAAGUAUGUGGAGGAGACUUUAAACGGCCGACGCUAACUUUGUCUGCAUGGACCAUGAGGCCGGAUUGGGCUCGUUCAUAACUCCUUUAUCUCCAAUGGUGCCG